GCCUUUACCAUCUCACCUUCUUCUCUUCUCUUCUCUUCUGUGCUCGCAUCUUAUCGUAGCUGCAUUUUGAAGUUCCCAGUUCCAUGUCGUCGCUUUCAUGCCCUUCUGAGCCUCCUGAUGUUGGGAUUUGGUUCUCAAGCUAUGAGUAUCGGUCUCCCGAUCUGGAUUCCAAUUUUAGUUCCGAAGAUUCUGCUUUAGGAGGAAAAGAAUCUCUGAGAGAUGAAGAUGAUGAGGAGGAGGAGGAAGAAGAAGAAAAAGUUAGGGUUCGAAAUGAUGGGAUUCCUGGGGAGAAGGGAGUCCAAUGUAACAUAACUUGCGUUAAAGAGGAUAAUCAUAACGAAGACCUGUGCUUAACCAAGAAUCUGAAUCCGGAGUCAUUCAGCUCAUGCUCGCUCCUUUCUGAGCCUCUAGACAUCAAAAACUGGUUCUCGAGCUAUGUUUACGAGUCACCUGAGUGUGAUACAAGUAGUCUUUUUGGAGAUGAUGUUUCUGAAGAAAAUGAGAGGUUUGAUUUUGAAGUCGUGAGAGAAGAUAAAAGUAAGUCUGACUCUGAGAAUGUCCACUCCAAAGGGUGUGUUGAGCACGAUAGAUCUUCUAAUAAAAACCCAAAGGGUGAUGAAAGCGCUGAAACGAAGAAAAUUUCAUCUGCUGAUACUUUCCAUCCGAAAAAGAUUUUGCAGCCAUGCAUGCAAGAUAAGACACUGCAACAUAAUCUUGGUCCAACCAAGUACAACGAGACAUUGAGCCUGAAUCACGAAAUUCCUGGCUGUGAUCGAGAAGGACAUCUGAUGUCAUUGGAUACUGAUAGAAGUGCAAUGCGACCUCCAAAACUGGCACAAAAGAAUGACACAAGAGAAUCAAAAUCAAAAGCUGAAAUCGAAAAUGACAAGCUUGACUCGAGUGCAAGUUUAGCUAAAACCUUCUCAACAAGAACUUCACCUUGUGCUAGCAAUAAAGAAAACGAUGGUUUCGUGACAACAAGGAAGAACAGUUGCACCGGAGCAAAUGAUGAAAAUUCUUGGAAGAAACCAGAAAAGAUAUUGUUAGGAGUAGGGAAACCUCCGUUGUCAUGUGGAAAAGACGGUGUCACAAAGAGAAAGGCAUUGGCAGAAGCAACAAAUUUUGAACAAUAUAAUGUCGCGGGGAUAACAGGGAAAUGGCAAUGCCCACAGAAACGUAAGCCUGAUGUUGGGCCUGCUAUGAAACAACUUAGGCUUGAGCGCUGGGUUCGUAGAAUUUGAGAAUAUUAUUUCACCAAUCAAUAAAAGAGUUUUCAGUUCACCGAGGAAACAGUUUUCAGUUCAAUAGUGGUGUAAAUAUAUAUAGUUUUAUUUUUAAA